AUGCGAAGCUCUUCUUCCCUCAAUCUAUCUUCUCUCUCGCCUAGUUCUAUCUGUAUAGGUGCAAUUUCGGUGGCCGUUCUUAGCUCCGGCAGCCCCAAUUCUGCACCAAGUGGUAUAAGCUUCUCCGAUCCAGCUCCUGUGAUGGUUGAGACUCGCUCUGGCGACUCACGUCGCUUAGAGGAGAUGCUCGCGGCCGCCAUGGCUGAUCUAUCCAACUGUGUCGCCGAAUCUGAUCGGAAACACGAGAAGCGCGACAAACUCCGAGACACUUCCGAUGGAUCUCGAGAUCUAGCUAUGAAGGAGCUUCGCGAAGGCCUCCUCGCUCUUCAGCUUCAACAGAACGAGAUCCUCAAUCGUUUUGCUCCGCCUGCUAACGGCAAUUUCCAUGGGCAAUUUGGCGGCGGUGCUCCGGCUGGGCAGUACGCUGGUGGUCCCCAACCACGUCAACAAUACUUCGCCACUCGUCAAUCGAAAGUCGGUUUCCUUAUUUUCUUUGGUGAAGAUUUAGCCGGAUGGAUCCUUCGUUGCGAUCACUUCUUCACGGUGGAUCUAACACCGGAGGAGUCGAAAGUCAGACUGGUUGUAAUCAAUUUCGAAGGACGUGCUCUUCAAUGGUUUCAAAACUGGUCGAAAUAUCAGGAUCAAUCAAUGUCCACCCCAUGGCCGUUGUUUCUACAAGCGCUCGAAGCUCGUUUUGGUGAUCAAUUAUUGGGAGAUCCGAUGACCGAACUCCUUGCACUCAAACAAUCAGGUUCCUUCGCUGAUUAUCAUGAUCGUUUUGAAUUGUUGUUAGGACGUGUUUCUCUCUCUGAAUCGUAUGCAAUUAGCCAUUUUAUUAAUGGUUUGAAACCGUCUAUUCAAAAGGUUGUGCGCAUGUUUAUGCCUCAAACAUUAGUUCAUGCGUAUGCUCUAGCUAGACUUCAGGAUAUGUCUGUUCCCGUGAAGGAUAACUUACCUCCGAAUGCUAGACGUUUUAUACCUCAGGACACUAGAACCUCACACACAACUGCUCCUUUACUUUCUACCCCUAUCACCCCUGCAUUUAAGUCUAGACGCUUGCUGGCCGAGGAAGAGAUGGCUGAUAAAAGAGCUAGGGGCAUUUGCUAUGAAUUGAACUCUGAUCAGACUAGUGAGGACAGUGUUGAGGAUGAGAACCCUUUGAUAUCCAUUCAUGCUAUUAAUGGCUCUUCUUCAAGGAGCUUUCGUACUAUGAGAGUUACUGGCCGAAUGGGCAAGAAAGCACUUCACAUUCUCAUUGAUUCGGGUAGCACUCACAAUUUCCUUGAUCUGCAAGUUGCAAGGAAAUUGGGUCUUGUACUCACUAGUGUUACUCCAGUGUUUGUUGAUGUGGCGGAUGGGAACAGAUUGGAGUGCAAGUCUAUGUGUAAAGGAUUGAAAUGGUCCCUAAGAGGCACUACAUUUUCAACUGAUGUGCUUCUUCUACCUCUUGGAAGUUGUGAUAUGGUUCUUGGAAUUCAAUGGCUGGAAACUUUAGGUGAUAUCCGUUGGAAUUUUAAGAAUCUAACCAUGGAUUUCACCUUGAAUGGGAAGAGGCAUUUACUGAGAGGGGGUUCCACUGAACAGGUAGAUCAUGCUGUAUCCGAGAAGGAAAUGAAUAAACUCCUUGCUCAUCACGAGGGAAUUCAACUCUGCUGUAUUCAGAUGAAUACUGAAGGCCACUCUGAUCUUCUCACUAUGGGGCAGGAACACACUGAGAAGGAUUCCCCUAUUCCUUACCAUAUUCAGUCGUUUCUGGAUGGACAGAGCUCUAUGUUUGCUGAACCAACUGCCUUACCCCCAAUGCGCUCUCAUAAUCACAAAAUCCCUCUUCUUCCUUAUGCUACUCCUGUCAACUCUAGACCUUAUAGGCACUCAGCUUUGCAUAAAACUAUAAUUGAAAAGCAAGUUUCUGAGCUCUUGAAACAAGGCUUUAUCCAGCCUAGUUCUAGCCCUUUUUCUUCCCCAGUGGUUCUAGGUAAGAAGAAGGAUGGAACAUGGCGGAUGUGUGUGGAUUAUAGGAGGUUUAAUAAGAUUACUAUUAAAGAUAAGUACCCCAUUCCUCUCAUUGAUGAACUAUUGGAAGAACUUAAAGGAGCCAUUGUUUUUUCUAAAAUUGAUUUGCGGGCUGGCUACCAUCAAAUCCGUAUGGAGGUGCAAGAUAUUCCAAAAACGGCAUUUCGAACACAUGAUGGCCACUAUGAGUUUGCCGUGAUGCCCUUUGGCCUUACCAAUGCACCGGCCACAUUCCAAUGCUUAAUGAAUGAUAUAUUUCGACCCUUCUUGAGGAAGUUUGUAAAAGAUGCCUUCCAUUGGGAUGCUGAGGCUGAUAAGGCUUUCUUGGAGCUUAAACAAGCUAUGAUCUCCCCUCCUAUGCAUCCAGCCUAUGGAAUUGGUGCUGUGUUGAUGCAAGAUGGGCACCCUAUUGCUUUUAUCAGCAAAGCCUUGUCCCCUAAAAAUAAGAACCUCUCUGUUUAUGAUAAGGAAUUAUUGGCUAUAGUGUUUGCUGUCACUUACUGGAUCACUACUUAA